AUGAGAGAUUUAUAUGUGCAGAUCCCUUCUUCAGCCAAACAAAAUAGUUAUCAAUCCAAGGCUCUAAUGGAAGACAAGCAACUAAAUUUUAACCAGCCCCUUCUCUCAGUACGGCGAACCGAGGCUUCCUCCUCGUUCACUGUUCCUCCACCAUACAAAUCAGAGCUCAAGUCGGGACCCGUUAGAGAUCCCGGGGUUGUGCCCUUCCGCUGGGAACACAGCCCAGGAAGACCAAAACACCCUUCACCUUCUACUUCACAAACCCAUCCUAUAUCUGCUCAAGAUCAUAAAAAACCUCCCAUUGUCCCAAAUCUUCCCCCGGGCAGAACUUCAAAUGCUGUUAUCGCGACGAGUUUUAGCAGUUCAAAUGGUAGUGUGGUGGAGGAAGAUGAAGAGGGGGAAGAAGAAGAAGGGAGAAAUGAGUCAUUGUCCGGUCAAGAUGAGAGUUAUGUAGAUGCACUCGACACGAUUUCAAGCACACAUGAAUCUUUUUUCCUAAAUUGCAGUGCUAAUAGUGGCUUAAGCUUCGCGGCAGACCCUCAAACUAGGGAUUUCAUGAUUGACCGGUUUCUGCCAGCAGCCGUGUCAAUGGCUUCAGAAAUGCCUCAAUGCACUCCCAAGAAGCAAUCGCCAGUUGACGAAUUACAACCAAGACAUCAUCUGAUUUCCAUGGCAAAGGCAGACAGGAGGAGGCCUCAACUGCGUUAUGGACCAAGUUUUGCACACCAUUAUUACCAGUCUCAUGAUUAUGCAGAAGAAAGAUGUGAUGACGAUGAAGAUGAUGAUGAUGGUGGUGGGUAUUUGCCUUCUAAAGCAUGUGGUUUAAUACCCAGCUUUUGUUUGAAAGGUUCGUUUUUCCUUAUGAAUCCGGUACCGGGUAUGAGAGGGAGGACUCGCGUACCCAUGUCUCCAAACUCUAGUAGAAUGCAGACCGGUUCCUCAUCUGCUGCUUCUUGUAGUGGAACAGAUAAUGAGCGAUCAACAUCCGAUGUAAGCGAGCGAAACUCAGUUGUUGGGCUUUUAACCGCGGAGCCUCAUGAAAACAAUGAUGAAUUUGUGGAUGAACUAAAAAAUAAGUCUACUCAAAAAAUAGAUGAUCACAAGCUUGAUGGCAUCUUAGCUUGCCCUUAUGAACCUUCACCUCAAAGCCAUGAGAUGAAAACAAAAGAAGAUUCGAGAUUUUGUGCAAUAACAGAGAAAACCCUACAUGUAAAUUCUGUGCAAGAUUCAAAAGGAGAACACAGCACAUUGGAAGAUUCUCCUUUCAUAGAAGCUAGCAACAGAAAAGAAGGUUUAUUAAGCAAUCCAAGUAAGGUUUAUGGAAAAGCCCAAUUGUUCAGAAGCCCCUACAGUGGAGUUAAUGGAAGUUCCAUUAAAGAAACACAGGCAAUGAAGUCUAUAGAUUUUCCGGUACCCCCACCUUUACCCAUGUCUCCAUCAGAAUCAUGGCUUUGUAGGACAUUGCCCUCACUUGCCACAAAGCAUUCAUCACUACAACGGCCCUAUAUUUUUGGAAAAGGGGAUCCUAGGAACCAGUCAUGUAAGGUCUCAUCCGGCGAUUCCAAAUGGGAAACCAUGGUUAAAACAACAAAGGGGCAUCACCAGCAUUUACGGUACUCUCAGGAGCUAAUGGCGCUGGCACCUAUUCCAGAAACUCAGUAGUGGUCUUCUUGUGAUGUCCAUUGGCUCUUCCAUGUACUUCAAUCCACCACUACAAUGAAUUCCAAAGUCAACAAAUGUCAAUAAAUACGGAGUAUAUAAAUAAAUGAAGUUUUUUUUGGUACUUAAAAACAUGUUACUCUAUCGUUUACUCUUUUCAUACCAGGACAGUGGGGGUCAUAAUUGUGUAUCCUCUUACAUGCACCCAUUUCCUGCCAUGUAAAAUGUAACUAUGUACUGCUACAUCACCCCAUUUGCUACUAUAAUGUUG